AAAAAAAAUAUAUAUAUACACACACACAAAACGCACAAUGUCGCGGCACAUCGAUUUCUCCGUCGGAGUUUAUGCAACGUGGAGUUACAUAACGUGACAUUUUCACACCACCUCAAUACACUUCAGAAUCUUCUUUUAUCCCUCUCUAAAUACUCUCUCUACCUCCAGCCUCGGAAACCCGUACAUGCCUGAAAUGUUCUUCCCAUAGUUUCUUCGAAGCACGGCGUGUGGAUCAUAACUGAUAGUAGAAGGGCUCUUUUUCUUGCUCAAAUCUCUUCAGUCUUCAGGUUUGGUUUGCAUUUGAUAGACCAUGAAGAGGGCAAUGCCAUUUGGUGACCAGGUGGAUAUCUCAUCAGAUGAAUCUUCUUCCUCUGAUGCAGAUGAUGAUGAUCACCCGCUGUUGAACGACAAUGUCGAAAUUGAUCAACCUGCUAAAGAAAUGACUUCUGAAGAAAUGUCGCCUGAAGCUGCAAUGAUCAGAAGGGCAGAAAUGUAUCAAGAAUACAUGAAGCUGAUCCCUGUCCCGAUUCACCGUGGCUCUGUUAUUCCAUUUACCUCAUGGACAGGAUUAGGCAAAUCCAUUAAGCAGUUAUAUGGGCAACCCCUGCAUUACCUCACCAAUAUUCGCCUAAAACAGUGGGAUCAAAUGAGGACUGGUCAUGAGAGUGAAGACACACCGUUGGAUACCCUGUUUCAUCCUUGUAAAGCUGAAGCCAGCAUCUGGCUUGUUGAAGAAGUUCACCGGCUCACCACUUCUCAUUGUCAGUUGGCUAAACUCUGGUUGGCGGAUCCCAUUCACCAUGCUUUUAUCGACCCCAUUUUCCCGAAAAUAUGAAGCUCGUCGCAAAGAUCCUGUGUCUUCCUUGUUAAUGCUUAGUUUGUCAGAUGCAGAUGUGUAGACUGCCCGAUGUGAAUUCAAGAUGAAGUACUUAGAUUUAUUUGUUCUGUUUUUUUCUUCUCCGAACUUUGCUCAUAGUCUCAUUGUCAGUUGGCUGUCUCAUGCACGAGGAAUGUAAAAAAAAACUCAGGCUCUCAAUUGUAGGAACAAUGGUUCAAGUCUGAAGGUAUCUACUUAAUGUAAAUAAUGCAAAAAAGUUAUGUAUGUA